AUGUUCAUGCUUGCUUUGUGUCGAAUUACAUUACAUAUUUCUAUUAUUAGUAGUAAAAAAAGAAAAAUUCUGUCAUUUUGAAUGCAAAUGUAUGAAAUUUCAUGACUGUAGGAAAAAAAGAUGGAUAGAGAAACGGUUCUGAUCCAGUGUCUCAUGUCAAAAUUCAUGCCUGUAUAUGUCAUCGUCGUCAAAGCCCUGCUAACUAGACUCGCCGCUUAGGAAUGAAUGGAUGGCCCAAUUAAAGAAUUUUAGCUCAAAAGCACACAUUACUGCUGCUUCUUGAAGACAGUUUAUGCAUCCCAAUGGUGCAAGUCAACAAAGCUCUUGCGUACUGUCCCCUCCCUUUGCUUAACGAUGAAGGAUGAAUGCAACUGCUGAUUGGAUUUUUACCACUGUCCAAUCCACUUGCUUUUCUAGAUAUGAACUAUCCACAUGGUGGCCUCUCUUAUCAAUGGUUACAAUCACAGGACGUCUUUGGCACGUGUAUUUGAGGACUGAACAUGAAUAGAGCUUUUAUGCAGCCACCUGCAGACUGUUAUUCUUCUUGCAUUACAGAGGCAGGUUGCUGGGUUACAUACUACAGUGUGCCAGUACAAGCGUUGUGCACAUAUGGGCUCAUCUUUCAGAGGCCCUUAUUCAUAUCUUGCUGGGCCUCAUCGGUAGAUCCUUGACAGACCAAAAACCUACCCAUUCGACUAUCACAACCACCUAUAAGUUAACCUUUUUCAUGUGGCAUCCUCAUGGCCAAUAGGAAUUCAGGCUUGUUAAGUGCAGCUGAUUGACAGUCUAUGCACCUGGUUCUAUGAAAUGGAAGCUAAUGACACCAGUAAUGGUGGCAAUGAUCACAAGAGAAAGGUUCAUGAAGGGGUUAGCAACAGUUACGGUGCUGGAUUUGAAAAACCCACCAAGAGAAUCUAUUUUCCUUCGACAAGGCCAUCGAAAACACAGGUCAUGAACUUCCUCUUAGAUGAAAAUAAGCGCAGACUAAGCCGUCUUCUUCGCCAACUGGUGAGAGAGAGAAAUUGGAAGGAAGCGAGUGGGGUUGUGAGCAUGUUGUUGAAAGGAACAUCUGAAAGGAGCCCUCCAUUUGUGCACCGGAGAAAAUAUUGGGCUGCUAUGGAGAUUCUCAGACAGUUUAAGAGCACUGCUAACAACGAAAAAAAUAUUAAGGGCAUCUAUGAAAGUUGGAUGAGUAAGCAUGGAUGGAAGCAGUACCAAAUGAAGAAAAGCUACAUGAUCCAGCUGGAGUUUGCGCUUUACUGUAUUAAACAAGGGAACAUUCAAGAUGCCUACAACACUAUCAAAUUCCUUGGGCAAGAUGUGGAAUCUGGAUCAGACCCAGUUGUAAAAUUGAUGGCUGGAUUGAUAUUAUAUCAGCUUUGGUAUUCAGGUAUUCCAAAAGAGAUGCAGUUGAACUUUCAGACAUUCAUGUCAUCGGAGGCCUUUGAAAUGGUUCCCAGUGAUGGUUUCUGUCUAAAACCUGAGCCAGUUGACUUUGACUCGGUUGAAUUUCGAGACAUGAAAAUUUCUCAGUGUGCUUCACAAGAAUCUGUUGGUAAUGAAGUAAAGAGCCCCUUGGAUACUAGCAGUGAUACACCAAUGAAACAGUCCCAUCAAGUUUUUCCUGAACACAACUUCUACAUGAAAAGAUCUGCUGAAAUGAGUGAACCUGAAGCCCCUUUUCCUACUUGGGACAACUUAGUACAUGAUAUUUCUUUCCCAUAUGGCUUGGACACAAGUUUGAUACCCAUAUGGUGGCGGCAAUCACCAGCAGAUACAGAGUACUACUCCGACUAUUUACAUAAGAACAAUGCUAAAGACUAUUAUAUUGGUGCAGUGAGGCAUUUAAAAGAUGCUCUUUAUUCAACUCCACCACUAUUGGCAGCCUUACUUCCUUUGAUACAGCUGUUAUUGCUCAAUGAUCAAGUCGAAGAGGCGCUAGAGGAGCUCAAGAAGUUCUGUAUCAAUUCAAAUGCGGUGCUUCCUUUUAGAUUAAGAGCUAUUCUUUUAGAGUGCUUUGGUAGGAAACAUCCCACAAUGCUUUCUACCUGCUAUGAGGAUGUCCUGAAGAAAGAUCCAAGAUGUAGCUCCUCACUAGCAGGCCUUAUCAGACUAUAUAAAAAUGUCCAAUUCUUUUUUGUGAAUUUUCUUUUAGGAAGCUACAAUAUCGAACCACUACUGGGGAUGAUAGCUUUGCAUUUGGAUGCUACAUAUGCAACUUGUGACAUAUGGGGAGAGCUUGCUUCGUGCUUCCUUGAGCUUCAAACCAUGGCAAGACAUCCAUAUGAAGAAGAUCAGAUGUCAACUGUUCGACAAAUGAAUGAUGAUGAUGGCAUGGAAGUAUCUUUUAUUCCUCCCAAUACAAUUCCUGGAGUAUUUACUAAAGACCAGGAAAGAAAGUCAUGGAAGCUCCGUUGUAGAUGGUGGGCCACACGCCACUUCAGCAAGAAUACCUAUCUCUCAGAGAUGCAAGCGGGUGACUGGCAGCUCUUAACUUUCAAGGCAGCAUGCGUGGCCCACCUCUAUGAUCAGAAUUUUGAAUAUGCUCAAAAUGUUUUCAAUAGUCUAAAAGAGAAGAGCGAUAGAGAGCGGUUCUUGUUUUUGCAGAUGCAUUUCCGGAGAUCUAUGAAACUACUUGGAAAUUUGAAUAGAACAGCCUGAAAAGAUGAAACUAUUUAAGCAGUUUUCAUUCUAUUUCUAGUUAUGGGCGCUGAGGAUCAUCUUUCCCAGUGAUGCCCAUAUACAGGUAUGUAUACUGAGAGUACAGAUAUAUAACUCAAUAUUUUCCAAUGCAGUCAUUUUGAAAGUAGCCCUUGUGUAGAUACCGAGGAACGGAUAGCUAUUGCCAUAGAAUAAAUUGGAUUUACAGCUAUAGAAACAUUUGACUUGUAUACUUCAGUGCUGUAUGGUGUCAGUACAAAUACUUCGGCCUGAUACAAGUA